AGCAGGGUUGCAGUCAUGCCUUUGGACACUGUCUUUCUUGUGUGUCCUGUGAUUUUUGCAGCAGCACUGUGGAGGGGGGUUCAGGCUGUCUCUCCUGUGCCCUCAGUCCCUGACCAUGUCCAAGCUCUUGUGGGCUCCUGUGUGGUGAUUCCCUGCUCUUUCACACCUCUAGCUCUUCAUCCUCUCAGGGGGAAGAAGGAGAGGGUGGACGUCCGGUUGAGGUUCAGAGGUGGUGGUCACUUCUUCCCUCUCCGCAGCACCGCUUUUAACAGCGAGGACAGAGAUCAGGCGAGCAGGGAUUUCCAAGGCCGGACGUCCCUCUUUGGGCGGAUUGCAGAUGGUGAUUGCUCAGUGAAGAUCGAAAGGAUAAGCCAGGAUGACUCAAGGUUGUUUGAGAUUGCUCUGAAGAGAGGGGAUGACUUACUCUGGGGGAAGCCAAGGAGCUUCAAUCUGGAUGUUGUGGACACUCAUGAGGUUCCUGUCAUCAGUGGCAUGUUGUCAGCGACAGAGGGACAGCUGGUCACCCUGAACUGCUCCGUCAGAUAUCACUGCCCCUCCAGACCUCCAACCCUGCAGUGGAGCUGGGAGAGAGGAGCCCAGCUGAACAGCACUGAGCCUGGGGAGGUACAGAUACUCCACCCAGAGCCCCACAGGCUGAUGUUACUGGCCUCUCUGUCCUUCACUGUCUCUCACAAGGUGAAACCCAGGCUCAGAUGUGAAGUCAGCUACCCAGGAGCCAAAGCACUGGCUACUUCGAAGGAUCUCCAUGUGACAUUUUCACCAAAAGAUGUAAUGGUUCAGGUCCAGUCGUUGAUGGUGCAGGAAGGGGGCAGCGCCUUGUUGGCCUGCUCAUGUAAAGCUGACCCACCGGCGUCUGAGUACCGCUGGUCCUACAUUCAACACGGCCGCACGGUGCACCUCCACCAGCGCACGCACACAAUCCGGGUGUUUAACGUGACCCGAGACAUGAAAGUCCGCUGCUCAGCCCAGAACCUGAUUGGUCGAGGAGAGUCCCGGCCAAAGCUGCUGAACAUACGAUAUAAACCAGUCAUCCUUCGGCUCUCUUCCACCUGUGUUGUGGAUGAUUUGGAGGUGCUGUGUCACUGUUCAGUCGACUCCAACCCGAAACCAGCAGUCACCUGGAGCGUGAAUGGGACUGUUCCACCUCAUGAUUACAAUGUGUCGGUAACAUCUGAGCCUGACAAGCUAACAGCUACUCUGAGGGGCCGCAUGGACAAACCACAGACUGUGAUCUGCUUUGCUUUCAACGCUCUGGGAAAUGACUCCCUGAUGUUGCUGCAGGGUGGCGAAGAGACAGCACCUUUGCUGUUGUUGGUGAUACCUGCUGUGGCCAUCUGCCUGGUCAUAUUCCUUCUGUCUCUUUUGUUCUACUGCUGCCGAAAAAGAGCUGGAAAACAUGUCCUGAGUAGACGCCCAGCUGUGUACCCUGAAGGAUUGGGAAUUUAUCAGGACCAGAUGCCCCUCUACAUUAACUGCACAGAAGUGACUCAUAUCUAUACCAACGGCAGCUACCAACUUGUAUACCAGAACUGCACACCUCUUUUUGUCCAUACUAAGCAGAUCCGUCCAAUGGGCAGAAGAGGUGGGGAGAGAAGAAGAGGGGGAGAGGGUGAAGGAAUAGACAGACGAGUGGGUUUGGGAGUCAGACGCACAAGAGAGGUGCAGAGUUCUGCUGUGGGUGAUGCAGAGUCAGCCAUCUACUUGGAGAUUCUCUGAGCUCGCUGUGGAGACGUCGCAUGAUUCUCCUGCUAUAUUAAACUCCCAUUAGACUUCAGAUUCAAACUCAGCCAUACUGAUUGUAAUGCAAACUUUGUUAUUGUAUAUAUUAUACAUCCAUAUCUAUAUGCCUCCAGCACUUCACAAUGUGUGAUCUCUUGAAUUGCUCGCGGUGGUCUAUUUCUCUCAUAAUUUCCAUAUUGAACAAUUUCUGUAUCUUGGCCUGUGACCUACCUCUGUGCUCUUUUUUUUUUUUUUUAAUAAAAGAUGAAAAGGUUUGAUAAAA